UCCGACUCUGCUUGUCCCUCCCGCACACCAUACUGAGGAAGUAUAAGACCAGACAUCUCAUUGUCUCGUGAUUUACUUCUAAUGGUCCGUCCCGCUGGAGAUAACCAAUGUGGCUUCCCGAGUUUCUCGUCGUGGUUUUGAGCCUGUCUGCUGCCGGAGCGGCGGCCGCCUGUCCCUGCGCGCGAGAGGAGCUCUGUCAGCCGGUCCAGCAUGAGCGCGAGCUGGAGGUAUUUGUGUUUGAUGUUGGGGGAAAGGCAUGGAAAUCUUAUGACUGGUCAAAAGUGACAACGGUAGCUGCCUUUGGAAAGUAUGACGCUGAGCUAAUGUGUUAUGCCCAUUCCAAAGGAGCACGUCUCGUUUUGAAAGGUGAUGUGCCCCUUCGUGAUAUGGUGAAUGAAGCCAAAAGGAGUGCUUGGGUCAAGGACAAGGUCAAUUUGGCCAAGAGCCAGUUUAUGGAUGGCAUAAACCUUGACAUUGAGCAGGAAGUGGAAGAGUCCUCGCCUGAAUACUAUGCUUUGACCGCUCUUGUGAAGGAGACCACAGAUAUGUUCCAUAGAGAGAUUCCAGGGUCUCAGGUGUCAUUUGAUGUGGCUUGGUCACCCAAGUGCAUAGAUAAGCGCUGCUACGACUACACGGCGAUUGCAGAUUCCUGCGACCUUCUUUUUGUAAUGUCUUAUGAUGAACAAAGUCAGAUCUGGGGGGACUGCAUCGCGAUGGCAAAUGCACCUUUCAAUCAGACGCUAUCAGCAUAUGAUCAGUACAUUGGGAUGAAAAUCGAUCCAAAGAAACUAGUGAUGGGUGUUCCGUGGUAUGGUUAUGACUAUGUGUGCCUAAACUUCUCACAGGAGGGGGUCUGCACAAUUCCCAAAGUGCCUUUUAGAGGGGCUCCUUGCAGUGAUGCAUCUGGAAAACAAAUACCUUACAAGACCAUGAUGAAACAGAUCAACAGCUCCAUAUCUGGGAGGCUAUGGGAUGAGGUCCAGCUGGCUUCCCACUACAAUUACAAGGAUAAAGACGGGAAGGUCCAUCAGGUGUGGUAUGAUGAUCCAGAGAGUAUCUCCCUGAAGGCCGCCUAUGUGGGACAGCAGGGCUUGAGAGGGAUCGGCAUGUGGAAUGGAAAUCUCCUUGACUACAGCGAUGACCCUAUCGCCAAGCAACAAAGUGCUGAUAUGUGGAAUGCCCUCAUACCAAAUCAACAGAAACCAUCUGUGAUGGUGUCCUAGAGCCUUAACUACAACCAAACUUGGUCUCAGGUAUAAAGGGAGAAGAGAUUUAGAGAUUUGUAGAAAAACUAACCAUUUGGAUUUUUAUUGUCAAUAAAACCGCUUGUCAUUCUUAAAAACUGUGAUAUUCAUAUGCUCUACACUGACUGAUUUAAACCUUUACUGCACAAUAAAUGAAUAUUUAAAAAGAAA